ACUCCAGAGCUAGCUGCCUGGCUAACAUUUGUGAUUUUUUUUUUUUUUUUACAUGGCAACAUGGCACAGGUUUGCCUUUGAGGUUUGCUCUUACGGCCCUGUUUAAAACGUGUACCGAACCUUAUUUUAUCUUCGUCUGGGAUUAUUACGACCUCUGCAGUCGAGAAAGGUUUUAAAAGCCCUUCUACAAAAGUAAAAGACUGGAUAACCACCACCUGCCAGAGCCCUGAGCGGGCUGCUGAUAACGCCAGAUUGGAUUAUCGGAUUACCUGCCAGCAUUUUUCCUUUUUCACCCCAUUUUCACCACACUUCCCCCCCCCCCAUUAGACAGAUUUGAAUUCAUAUUUUCACCCUAGUUUGGCAGCAAGGCUGCUCCUCUACAUCCAGAUGAAUGAAGACCCCAUUCGGGAAGAACGCAGCCCAGAGAUCCAGAGCUGAUGCAGGACAUGCUGGUGUGUCUGCAAAUAUGAUGAAGAAAAAGAAUUCCCACAAAAAACACAAAACCAGCGUGGGGCCCACCAAAGUGUCCCAGCCCCGGCGAAACAUAGUGGGCUGUCGUAUACAGCACAUCUGGAAGGAGGGCAGCGGAGCAGCGUCCCAGUGGAAGGGCACUGUGUUGGAUCAAGUGCCAGUCAACCCGUCCCUCUAUCUAAUCAAGUAUGAUGGGUUCGACUGUGUAUAUGGCCUGGAGUUGCACAAGGACGAGCGAGUGCAGGGGCUGGAAGUCCUGCCGGACCGUGUAGCUUCCACACGCAUCAGCGACGCACAUCUGGCUGACACGAUGAUAGGCAAGGCAGUGGAGCACAUGUUUGAGACGGAGGAAGGCUCGAAGGACGAGUGGCGGGGCAUGGUGUUGGCCCGUGCACCCAUUAUGAACACAUGGUUUUAUAUCACUUACGAAAAGGACCCGGUCCUCUACAUGUAUCAGCUGCUCGACGACUACAAGGACGGAGACCUGAGGAUCAUGCCCGAUUCGAACGAUUCUCCCCCGGCGGAGCGUGAGCCCGGAGAGGUGGUGGACAGCCUCGUCGGCAAACAAGUGGAGUACGCCAAAGAGGAUGGCUCCAAACGGACUGGCAUGGUCAUACACCAGGUGGAGGCCAAGCCCUCCGUCUAUUUCAUCAAGUUCGAUGACGACUUUCACAUUUACGUGUACGACUUGGUGAAAACGUCAUAGGCGGAGAAAGAAGGAAGUCCAGGAAGCCCAGGAGGAGAUUAACGUCGGAUGUGAUCCACAAACUCUGCCAAAAGUCCUCACGGAACGUUUCUUUGCACCAUCUUAAUGGAGAUGCGGUGAUGGAUAUUUCACUGGAGCCUUGGAUUGCCACUAGUUAAGUGUUUUUUUUUUUUUUUUUUUUUUCUUUUUUUUUCUUCCUCGUUUCCACACAAAGGGAUGGCUGUUGUUUUGACCAAUGUAUUCCUGAAACAAAAGUAGCUACAUGUUCAUAUUGUCUUUUUUUUUUUUUUUUAUAUAAAUAUAUUAUAAAGUGUUCAUUCCUGUUGAAUAACAGGCGUACAUCAUUUCCACUAGUGAACGGGAGAAUCCGAGGUCAGUUUCCAGUUCUCACUCUUGACGAAUCGGACACUUUGAUGACUGAGAGGCUCACUUUUUACUCGCUGAAAAUUCUUUACUUUGAUGCAGUUCAACCAUAUAGCGCACAGCAGUGGGGAUGAAAAUCUCAGUUCUAAGUCCCACUAAAUCACAUGUACUACAAAUUUUACUCAUCUGUUUGAUAGAUGAUGCGUAUUUUGUAGUUUGCUCACCAGCUUUUUUUUUUUUUUCCAUAAUGUGUGUUGUUUUUCUCUCUCCUUAUAGAGUCUACAUUAUUCCAUGAUCUGUCAGUUCUCAUAAGCACUAAUGUUUUUCGGCCUCUACGACACAUUGAAGCACUUUCUUUAUGAAAGAGACAUGAUUUGUCAAAAUUCAUCCAUUUACCUGAAAGUCAUUUUAUCAGCAUUCGUUUUUAAAAGCGAGAAGAAAAAGGAAAGGGGGGGAAAAAAGUUUUAACAGAAUCGAUAAUCUAUUUCUUGUGAUAUUCAGCUAUGGCUCAUUGAUGUCUUUGUAAUUGUAUUUUAAAUGUUUGCAAUUUGUAUUUCGUGCUAUUCGUGGGUGGCUGAUAAUCGAUCAUUUUGUUGCGCCGUAUCUUUUUAUUUUACACCACGUCAUGGUUAGACCCACUCUGUUGGUAUUCGUUUCCAAAUGGAUGCUCGUGGAAAAAUUGGUCAAAUAAAAUAUAACGAUUAUUCAGUCGAGACUAACAAUACUAAAAAAAAAAAAACCUGCAAUAAUUGAAGUAUUCAGGUAGUGCAUUGCAACCCAUUGUAAUCAUAUUUGAUAAAUAUGUAGCUUCUUACACAGUUAGCCUUUUGAGAUUUUUGUGUUUUAUUUUUUUUUAACGUCGUAAUGUACGUGCCUCGCUGUAAAUGACCGUCUGCUUUUCAUAUUCCUCGUUUGUACGUCGCUGAUAGAGCGGUAUGUAUGAUGACCUGAGGGGCUUCCUCUUUCUCUCCUCAGGAAUGUUACAAUGUUGAAAGUAACGCACGUACUCUCACACACACGGCCACAUGUGUUAGUCAUUACCUCACAACGUGUGUGUGUGUUUUUUGUUUUUUGGUGUAUGUUGAGCCCGCUAGACCAAUAUUUUUUUUUUUUUUUUUUUUAAAGCAGUGUUCACUUGCAGUCUGAAAAAGAGAGCAUAAAUGUAUUAAGUCAAUAAAUAAAUGAAGGCCACGGUGAGAACGCACUCACUUUUGAUGGAUACAAUGGCUCCAUUUCAAGCAUAGACAGUGGAAAUGAUGUCACAGCUGUUUACCUGUACAACCUUAACACUUAGCUUACCCAAAGGAGGAGGAGGAGGAGGAAAAAAAAAAAAAGAGCUGGUCCAUGAAACCAUUGUGAUUCAUAAAUGAUCGGGGAAGAGAGGGAGAGAGAGAUCAUAUGCACCUUCUGGAACCAUUGCAGCUUUGCGUACAUUUCAGACUUGUUUCAGCAGUGGCAUAUGAACGUGUCGUUAUGCAAACGGACGCUCGGUUGGACGGUUCGGCCUUUUCUUUACACUUACCUACUGUAGUAUUGUACCGUGUUUGAUGUCCGGUCAACGUGGGAAAUUCAAACAGAAAAAAAAAAAUUAUGAAUGCUAGGCCAUUCUUUUUUUGCAUGAUAUGAGUAGAGUUGUAAGUGUACGUCAGUGUGAUGCAUGUGUACCCGUCUUUUCUUUCAGUUCUUUGGUUCCUAAAUGGAAAGCUUAUUGUUAACAAUUGUGAAAAUCCUUGUUUUGUUUUUUUUUUGGCUGUUUCAUUUUGUUUUUAAUUCUCGCCCGUUUCUAAAAUGAAAAGUUUUUUGUUUUUUUUUUGUUUUUUUUUCUACUAUGCUCUAUCAGAUCAAAUGCACUGGUGUUUCAUGUGGCGUGCCAACUGAAGGGCAAGGUACCAGUGUUACACAGCAUUUGAGGGAUCAUAUCUACUCGACACAUAAAACCGUACACGUCCAGUCCCGUAGUUAGUGUGAAAAUAAUCGAGGGGAGGAGAUGGAUUCACAAACUGUUGCAAGAAUCCUAUAUAGGAGUUGUGUAAGUGUAUGUAUGCCUGUGUGUGUGUGUGUGAGAGAGAAUGAAAUUUCAUACUAAAUAUCCUACAUAUCUAAUUCAACUUUGUACAUUUAGAUGUAAGAGUAAAGGAAAGUGGUUUUUUUUUUUUUGGUUUGUUUGGUUUUUCUUUUCCUGCUCCGUGCAUACAGUGAGAGAAGAAUACAAACUCCAUCAAUAUGGUCCCUUUGAGAUGCUGAUGCUCUUUGAUUACUUUGUUUGUUUUAAAAAAAUAAAAGGAAAAAAAAAGGAAAAAAGUGCAAUUUGAUGAUUGUCACAGAUACAUGUAUAGAUUUCAUGUUCUUUGCUUAUAUGGCUUCUAUUGGACGGCAUUUUCUUUUUCUAAACAUUGUAGAUAGUUCAUUUUAUUUGCAUUUAGAAGUAUA